UGCUCUCACAUGUGCGCCUCAUCAUCACCGCGUCCAGUGUUGAACGCGUGUAAUGGGAAGCACUACCUCCCUCCUUCAUGCGUAAAUUAUGUAGGGCAGGACGGGAAUGCUUUGCUACCUCCAUUUGAGAAAACCCGGCCGGUGAAUGAGAGAGAAGGCGAAAAAAUAAUCACAAAAAAAAGCCUCGUCUUCAAGCAGCGUUUGACAGAGGCGGAGUAGCGCAUCACGACUUGCCUAUUGUGAAGCCAAGGAGAAGAAAAGAUGGACAUCACGGAUCAAGGAGCUCAAAUGGAGCCGCUCUUACCAACGGAACAAAGUUCCCAAGAAAAUAAAGAUGUGAGAACCGAUGAGGAGGCAGUGGUGGACCGUGGGGGCACGCGCUCCAUGCUCAACACCAACUUUGAGAAGGAAGAACUAGAAGGUCACCGCACUCUCUACAUCGGGGUUCAUGUACCCCUGGGUAGGAGGUCGCACCGACGUCACCGUCACCAUGGACACAGACACAGGAAGAGGUCCAAGGAGAGGGACUCUACGGCUGACGAUGGACGAGAAUCCCCCUCACACACAGACACUCCAGCUCAGAGGGUGCAGUUUCUCUUGGGGACAGAGGAUGGCGAUGAGGAACACAUCCCCCACGCCCUUUUCACCGAGCUAGAUGAAAUCUGUCUCAGGGAGGGUGAGGACGCCGAAUGGAAAGAGACAGCCAGGUGGCUUAAGUUUGAGGAGGAUGUUGAGGAUGGUGGUGAGCGGUGGAGUAAACCAUACGUAGCCACCCUGUCUCUACACAGUCUUUUCGAGCUUCGCAGCUGCAUCAUGAACGGAACCGUGAUGCUGGACAUGAGGGCCAACUCACUGGAGGAGAUUGCAGACAUGGUUCUGGAUCAGCACGAGGUGUCGGGCCCUGUAGGUCAGGAUGCCAGGAGGAGGAUCCGCGAGGCCCUGCUCAAACAGCACCACCACCAAAACCACAAGAAACUGGCCAACCGCAUCCCCAUUGUACGCUCCUUUGCUGAUAUUGGCAAAAAGCAGUCUGAGCCUCAUUCCAUGGAUAAGAAUGGCCAAACGGUCUCACCUCAGUCCCAGCCGGCUAACAACGAGGGCAAACAGGACGUCAGCCGAGAAAACAGUGCUGUCGACUUCAGCAAGAUCGACCUCCACUUCAUGAAGAAGAUCCCUCCUGGUGCUGAGGCUUCUAACGUCCUGGUGGGGGAGCUGGAAUUCUUAGACCGUCCUGUGGUGGCGUUUGUCCGCCUGGCUCCUGCUGUGCUGCUCAACGGCCUGGCUGAGGUUCCCAUCACCACCAGGUUUCUUUUCAUCUUGCUUGGCCCUCUGGGAAAAGGUCCACAGUAUCAUGAAAUUGGCCGGUCUAUUGCUACCCUGAUGACUGAUGAGAUUUUCCAUGAUGUUGCUUACAAAGCCAAAGACAGGAAUGACCUGGUGGCAGGCAUUGAUGAGUUUCUGGACCAGGUGACGGUGUUACCCCCUGGAGAGUGGGACCCCUCCAUCAGAAUAGAGCCUCCCAAAAAUGUGCCCUCUCAGGAGAAGCGGAAGAUUCCUCCUGUUCCCAAUGGAGUGACAGAUCUUGGAGAGUCAGAGGAACACGGAGGGCACGGCGGCCCUGAGCUCCAGCGCACUGGGAGAUUAUUUGGCGGGUUUGUCAUGGACAUCAAGCGAAAGGCUCCUCACUACCUUUCCGACUACACAGAUGCCAUCAGUCUGCAGUGUCUGGCCUCUUUCCUCUUCCUCUACUGCGCCUGCAUGUCACCUGUCAUCACCUUUGGAGGACUCCUGGGGGAGGCCACAGAGGGACGCGUGAGUGCUAUUGAGUCCCUGUUUGGGGCUUCCAUGACUGGAAUAGCCUACUCUCUGUUUGCUGGUCAGCCUCUCACCAUCCUGGGCAGCACAGGGCCUGUUCUUGUCUUUGAGAAGAUCCUCUUCAAGUUCUGCAAGGAAUAUGGCCUCUCCUACCUCUCCCUGAGGGCCUGUAUUGGCCUGUGGACAGCCUUCUUCUGUCUGCUGCUGGUGGCCACUGAUGCCAGCUCACUUGUCUGUUACAUCACACGCUUCACUGAGGAAGCGUUUGCUGCACUGAUCUGCAUCAUCUUCAUCUAUGAGGCCCUGGAGAAGCUGCUCCACUUGGGCGUGCAUUACCCCAUCAAUAAAAACAACAACCUUCAGAAACUCACACAGUACUCGUGUGCUUGUGUGGAGCCCACGUACCCCAGCAAUGAGACUCUGCGCUUCUGGGAGGAGAGGAACAUCACUGCCUCGCAAGUCAACUGGACCAUGUUGGAGGUCAAGGAGUGCGAGAUGUUGCACGGGGAGUUUGAAGGCACUGCGUGCGGUCCCCACGGCCCCUACAUCCCCGACGUCCUCUUCUGGUGCGUCGUCCUCUUCUUCUCCACCGUCUUCAUGUCCGCCUUCCUCAAGGAGUUCAAGACGAGCCGCUACUUCCCCACCAAGGUGCGCGCCAUCAUCAGUGACUUUGCCGUCUUCAUCACCAUCCUCACUAUGGUUUUAGUAGAUUAUGCCCUGGGAAUCCCUUCGCCUAAAUUACAGGUCCCCAGCAAGUUCAAACCAACCAGGGAUGAUCGUGGCUGGGUUAUAAACCCCGUGGGGCCCAACCCCUGGUGGACCACCAUCAUCACCUUCAUCCCCGCCCUGCUCUGCACCAUCCUCAUUUUCAUGGACCAGCAGAUCACAGCCGUCAUCAUCAACAGGAAGGAGCACAAAUUGAAGAAAGGCUGUGGCUACCACCUGGACCUGUUUGUGGUGGGGGUGAUGCUGGGAGUGUGCUCGGUGAUGGGCCUGCCGUGGUUCGUGGCAGCCACCGUGCUCUCCAUCUCCCACGUCAACAGCCUGAAGCUGGAGUCAGAGUGCUCAGCCCCCGGAGAGCAGCCCAAGUUCCUGGGCAUCCGAGAGCAGCGCUUCACCGGCCUCAUGAUCUUCACCCUGAUGGGCUGCUCCGUCUUCAUGACCUCCGUGCUAAAGUUUAUCCCCAUGCCUGUGCUGUACGGAGUCUUUCUGUACAUGGGAGCCUCCUCUCUCCGAGGUAUCCAGUUCUUUGACCGGCUGAAGCUGUUCGGCAUGCCGGCCAAACAUCAGCCAGACUUCAUCUACCUUCGCCACGUCCCUCUGAGGAAGGUGCACCUCUUCACCAUCAUCCAGCUCAGCUGCUUGGUCCUGCUGUGGGUCAUCAAGACCUCCAAGGCUGCCAUUGUCUUCCCCAUGAUGGUCUUGGCCCUGGUGUUUAUUCGUAAGCUGCUCGACUUCAUCUUCAGCAAGAGAGAGCUGAGCUGGCUGGAUGACCUGAUGCCAGAGUGGAAGAAGAAGAAGCUGGAGGAUGCAGCACAAGAGGAGGAACACAGUAUUAUUGCAGAGGAGGAAGGCAUUGUACAAGUGCCACUGGAGGGUCACUACAAGAGUGACCCGGCCACAGUGAACAUCACUGAUGAGAUGUCCAAAGGAUCUUUUGGGAAUGUAUGGAAGAGCGUCAGCCCUGCUGAGAGCACUAAGAAGGAACCAAGUGUUAAAAGCUCCCCCUCCUAACCUCUCAGAAGCUGAAAUCCCAAAGUUGUUCCAGUGGUGGAGAAAAGCGACACAAGCGGCGGAGGCAUGAGAAGAGCUUGGACAGGGAGACAAGUUUGUGAUGACACAUACUGGCGGUGCCACUGUGCUGUCAAUCAGUUGAUCAAAAAACAAAAAAUCUAUACCGUGCCACACUCAACCACCUUUGUACUGUGCUACACUGUGUUUUUUUGUCAUGUAAGUCUGUGUGCAAGUUGUGUAAAACAAAGAAAAAUUUGUUAGAAACAGUAUUAACGCGAGGAGCCGAGACACAUUCGUGUUCUUUUUCUAUGUAUAUCAAUGUUUGGUGAUACCAGCAACAGAAGGAAGCCAGAAUUAUAUGACACUUAGAGUAACUGUUGUGUCGAUGGGCCAAUUACGUAAAAAUUUUAAACAAUUUUUAAAUCUACUUUAUUUGUAUUUUGUAUGUUUUUAUAUUUUUCCAACAACAACUGCAAGUUGUCCUUUUAAAAACCUGCCACAGCAAACCACAAAUGUGUGGAUUUUGUGUGCAGUAUUUAACGUCACUAUUGACUUGAUGCACCUCACAAUAGAAUAACUAAAGAGUAGAUAUUUGCCAAUACUAAUCUAUUUCAGUGGUAUCUAAGAGUUGGCUAUAUAGCGAAUCUAGUACAUUUUUUUGAGAGUAUUAAAUAUACAUUUUAUAUAUUCUGUAUAUCUAAAUGUUUUUGUGACAGUGACAGCUCAUAUCACUCCAGAGUCUUCUCCAUAGCUAUUUUACAUGAAUGUCUCUCCUCCAGUAAAGCAUUUCCUCCGCCAGUUAAAGGUAAAGUUUUACAUUUUGGGAAGCAUGCUUAUUCACUUUCUUUCCAGGAGUUAGACGAGAGGAUUGAUGCCACUCUGCUAACGGCUAACUAAUAAACACUUUAUUUGUUUUAUCUGCACAAAAAGCAUAAAUGUAAAAGCAACACAUAGAGGUUUUAUGAUUUCUUGGCUCCUUGGCACAGCUCCAUAUUUCCAGCACAGACACAAGAAACUUUUCAUCUAACUCUUAGAAAGAAAGCAGUUAAGCACAAUUUCUCAAAAUGUCAAACUAUUUCUUUAAGGACAGUAUUUUUUGGGGGAGCAGCUUAUUGGACAUGACAUUUGCGAGCUAGCAUGGCAGCAUAGUUUGGGAACUUUCAGUAUCUCUAGCUACUUGGCCUUGGCUUUUUAAAAACUCAUCCAAUUAGCAAACUUUAGGGUGACUGUACAGAAAGCUCUGUGUUUUCCACCUGCAUACUCUUUGUCAUCUUGUCAGUAAGUGUCAUCCAUGGACAUGUGAUCUCCUCUCCAAAUGACCCUCAGUGUGUUAGCAUCUGAAGCUAAUUGUUUUGUUUUUUUUAAAAAAGAAAACACCUGCAUGAUGGUGAAACAGACUUGACUGUCUCGCUGCAGGACCAUGGUUACUUCUAGAGAUGCAAUAAUACCUUUUUUCUGGGAAGGGCAACAUGUAAUAAAUGGUAAAGAGUCUUAACAAUGUAUAAUACAUAGUAUAUUUUAUUCAUGUAAAAUGUUACUAAUAUAUUACUAACAUGACGUCAGUGUUGAAGGCAGGAUUUUCUUGUAGAUGUUCUUUUCCCAUUGUCUAAUUGAUGGUUCUUAGUUGAUUAGAGAAACUAAUAAUGGGUCAAAAUUAUAUCAAUAUCAAAAGUUUUGACCACUUUUGUGUGGAAUUCUGCCUUAAAUUUGGUAGUGAUAGCUGUACACUUUCUGUUUAAUAAUUUAAGUCAUCUGUAUAGAAAACUACAGAUCUGUUGUUCAAUUGUGAUUUGUUUCAUGAGAAUGAGAGAGAGUGAGUGAGAGCAUAAAUAAAGAUAUUAAACAAACCUCUGAAAUGA